GGGACUCCCGCGUGAACCGGAGACCCUGGGUCUCCACGCAGGAGCUGACGCGCCGUGUAGGUACGACCAGAGAGAACCUGCCUCCAUUGCCCGCGCGGAGGGGUCUUGGUCCCGCCCCCCGUCCCCUAUUGGUUGCUCAGAGGACGCGGACAGGCGGAUUUCCGCAGAGCCCGCCCUGCGCACGCGCGCUGCCACCACUGCGUCACGCUUGCGCGUCCCCGUUGGCCGUCAUGGCGGCCCCCGGGAACCUCCGGGGUCCGGUCCUAAAAGAUGUUGUGGCCUAUGUUGAAGUGUGGUCAGCCAAUGGGACAGAAAAUUACUCCAAGACCUUUGGGAGUCAACUUGUGGAUAUGGGGGCAAAGGUUUCAAAAACUUUUAACAAACAAGUAACUCAUGUUGUGUUCAAAGAUGGGUACCAGAGCACCUGGGAAAAAGCACAGAAGAGAGGCGUGAAGCUCGUCUCAGUGCUCUGGGUUGAAAAAUGCAGGGUAGCUGGAGCGCACAUUGAUGAGUCGCUGUUCCCUGCAGCCAACACUAACCAACACCUACCAAGCCUGCUUAAAAAAAAACGCAAGUGUAUGCAGCCCAAAGAUUUUAUUCCCAAGACACCAGAAAAUGAUAAAAGACUGCAAAAGAAAUUUGAGAAAAUGGCUAAAGAGCUGCAGCAGCAGAAAACCACUCUGGGUACCAAUGUUCCUGUCCUCUUAUUUGAAUCUAAUGGCUCAUUGAUGUACAGUCCAACAGGUAAAGUCUACAGGGGCCACCACAGUGCAAUGAAGAAGAGGCUGCAGGAGAUGAAGGAGAAACGGGAAAACCUUUCCCCCACCUCCUCCCAGAUGAUUGAACAGUCUGAUGAUAACACUGUGAACUCUCUGCAUGAAGCAUCUUUGAACCUUUCACAUGAUACUUUGUGUUCAGACAACUCUUCUGCCGGUGGUCUGCCCAUGUCUGCUGACGAUUCUUGUGGAGGCUCUGCAAGUGGGACCCGGGAGAGGAAGUGGGGCGAGUUCAUUACUGAGAGGGAAAGUGAUCUGUGUGCUGCGUCGCCGGUGUUGCAGACAGGCCAUGGCGGCCCCUCAGCAGCUCCCCGUCCCCUGGGUCUCAGGACUCCUCCCAGAUCCACCAGCAGUCCUCCCAAGGCAGAGACCCCCCAGCAGAGCAGGGCUGCGGGCAGGGUUGUCACCCCUGUCUCAAAGCCAUCGCGGCCGGCGGCCCAGGGGCUGUCUGACGGGAAGAAGCGUUUGUCUCCUGUGUCCUCUGCUACGAAAGGCCACCCCGAGGGCCGUGCACAAGCCAUGCGCUCCUCCGUCAAGAGAAGGAAGACCCCGGAGAACUGGCCAGCCUCAGAGGAGGGGCGGAAGAGGAGGCGGUCCCUCAGGCAGCGCCCUGCAGCCUGCCUGCGGCUGUGGGAGGCGGAGAGCGGCCUGUGCUCUGUGCGGAGGCCCGCUGUCAAGAGUCUGGCCCUCGAGGGGUCCUCAUACGAUGAUUACUUUUCUCCUGACAAUCUCAAGGAGAGGGUCUCGGAGGGGCUUCUUGGGGAGCAGCUGCCCUCCAGCCCCUCUCCGCUCCGAGGCCAGAGGAGCCUUUCCAAGACCGAGAGGACCAGUCUCCUGGACAGGGCUGACCUCUCCCUCAUCGGCAGAGGCCCCAGACCUGCCGUCGGCACCUGCUCCACGGCAAAGCCCGGCCCCUGCCUGGAGAGGCCUGCGCUCUCCGGGGCAGACGUGGGGCUGGGCGGCGGGACCUCGGGGGGCAUGCCUGCUGCUGACGGGACCCCCGGGCCCUGUGCCCAGGCCGAGGCCCAGGGCGGGGGCGAUGCCCGCCCCGCUGGGGGUGACGUUCCGCACGCCCCCAGUGGACUCGUCCCCUGGACAGGACCACGGGGAGACCCCAGCCCUCUGAAAGGCAGCAGGGAGGAGAGGAGAGAAUGCACUGACACCCAGAGCAUGCAGAAAGAAGGCACUCCUCCCGAGACGGAGUCUGCUGAGGCGCACAGUGAGGGUGAACUGAACGCUGUAGGUGACUGUGCUGAGCAAGGAUCCACGGAGAGGGAAGCGCCAGCCCAAGGAAGUAGAGAAAGUGUGAAAAGCGGAGCAACAAGACACAGUGUUGUGGCCGGCUCGCAGAAAGGCUGCCAGGACCUCUGCAGACCGCGGGAGGAGUCCAGGAAGAGGGGGAGAGGCCAGAAGGUGGAUUGUUUAACCACUUUGCUGCAUGGGAAGCCCACCCUUACGACAACAGUAGUUAAAACCAAAGAGAAGGAGGAAGACACUACAUACCCGAUCAAGUGCUUAAAUUUCCACAUCUCUCAUGCUGAGUAGAAAACAAACGCUGAGUAAUGACUUGCAUGUGUUCCAGUAAUUGCUUGUUCUCACAUAUUUUAUUAGCCUGUGCGCCUUCCGGGACCAAGCUUUCAUCUUUUGAUACUCUUUGUAAUAUAGCAUGACACACAAAAUUGAUGUUCUGUAAAUAUUUACUGAGUGAAUAAAGGCUGCAUGCAUUUCCCUUCUGCUUUUUUGAGUUCGCAUCUUACACUGUUCCUAGUGCUUUUAACCGUCACUCAGUGAUGUCGUGUUCAUCAUAAUCUAUCUAGGAAAGAGGGCAUCUGCGCCGUCUCGAUGUAAGCCAGAGCUGAUGCUUUCUGGAGCCUCCUCUCCUCCCACAGGCCCCUGAGUGAGCUCACCACUGCGCUGCUGGAGCCGCUGUUUAUGAAUGUGCUCUUAGCCUUUGCAGUGAUCCUAGGACCCCGGCUGCCUGCCACAGAUAGUGCGCUUGGCUGGAAGCAUGUAAUCUUGUGGGCUGUUUUGUUCUGAAAGUUUAGCUUUCAACUUGAAAGAGCCGUUGACUCACCCAAAUGACAGGUGAUGUUUAUUUUGUUUCUUGACAGUUCUGCAUGAGCAUGCUGUUGUUACCCACUUAGGAGAACCACCACGCUUCCUGAAGGAUGGCCCCUCUGUAAAUAUCCCCGUAAACAGCUGCCCAUUGUUCAGACACCCCCCAUCCCCCAAGAGCAGUAAGAUGGGGCCUGCCUCCCGUGGGGGCCUUGGCGGAUAGUUUGAGGGAGCAGCUGGCAGAGCCUGCAGGGACCGAGAUUUCUGGCACCAGGAUCUGUAGUUGCUUUGAUGAGCCAUUCCUGGCAAAGCGCACGCAGAGUUGGCAGUGGAAGGGGGCGGGCAGUUGCUCGUUAUGACAGGUGUCCAGUCUGCCAGCGGAUGCGCCUCUGAGUCCAUCCGAGAACCUCUGCUGCCGGGAGGUGUAACAAGUGCUUAUGGCUCCGUCAGCCUGCUGUUGGGUUUUUUUUUUCUUUUCGUGUAUGAGAAAAAAAUACUUAUAUAGGAAACAUUAAAAAAGAACCUUCAAAGAGCGCCACCUUUUCUUCACUGUUUUCUGUGUCUGCUGGCUGCUGUGUGCCGCGUUCUAAACACGUGCUUCAGAAAGCCUCAGGCGUGCGGGCCACUGGGCCGACGCUGAAGCCACUCUCGUGAGUCCCCGGCGGUCCUCUUGGGCCAGUAAAGGCAGAGCCAACGUAGAACCCCUCCCCCCCCCAGCCCCCACCAGAGGUCUGGAGGCAGAGGACACUGAGAGACCCCGUUAGCAUCUGCCUCGGGCGUUCGGAGACUGGGCGGGUUCGAGAUGCACGCUCCGAUGUAGUCACAGCUGCUGGUUCCGAAGGUCUAGCUCACUAAAUAUGCCAUUUGGGGAAUGUUAGCCAAAGGGAUCGUAACCUUGGUAACCUGGCUUAGAAAUAUCAAAUUAAUCUGAGUUGUGCAAAACCUCAGAAUAGUAACCAGCUGAAGUAGCAGUCUUUAAUUCAACAAAAUGGAUUAUCUGGGAAUAAAGGAGCUGAAGAGAAGGAAAAGACAUGCAACUCCGUUUCCCGCCCCUCCUUUUUCCAGUGGCAUUUAAAAAAAUUUUAUAUAUAUAUGUAAAUAUAUUUGACCAGGCUGUGUGGCAUGUGGGACCCUAGCCCCCAACCAGGGACUGAACCCGCACCCCCUGCACUGGAAGUGAAGAGGCCUGACCUGCAGGCCGCCAGCAUGCACGCCGGCUCAGUGGUGUCUGGCUCUGUACCCCACGGACUGUAGCCCGCCAGGCUCCUCUGUCCAUGGGGUUCUCCAGCGAGAAUACUGGAGUGGGUUGCUGUUCCCUCCCAGGGAAUCCUCCCCACCGAUGGAUGGAACCCGUGUCUCUUACACUUCCUGCAUUGGCAGGGGGAUUCUUUAGAACUCGUGCCACCGAGGGAACUCCCUAAAUGCUUUCCUCACUCAGCAGCCGCUGUGCCAGGGGACUGUUCCCGCCUAAUGUGAUGACCCCCCGCCCCCGCCCUCUUCUCAGACAGUUAGAGAUCCAAGCGCAGCUCCAUCAUUCCGUCUCUCUCCCCAGUUUGGAAACAUGACUCACUUCUGCCCAGUGAGACGCGAAGGGAAGUCUUGCUGGGAGGUUUCUGGAAAGAGCCUCCUGUCCCUGGAGACGGCCCUGGGAAGAUACCCACUCCUGCUCCUCUGCUCUGUUACGGCUGGCCGUGCCUCCCGGAAGGGGCCGCAUGGGCCAAGGACCCUCCGGAGAGUGGCCCUGGAGAGGGCUGGGAGGGGCCUGCAGGCCUCAGUGCGGGUGGGAGCCGUCAUCUGCAUGUUGCUAAGGUGCCAGGACGUGCACACGUGGAGACGCACAUGUGUGUCCACAAAGCUUGCGUCCACUUUACACAUGGGUGGUUUUCCCAGCAGGUUUUUUCCCAGUCUUCUCUGGAGGAGCAGCGCUGUCCUCUCUUGUCACAAGAAAUUUAUUGCUUCUCCUCUCCUUAAGUCUGCUCAACCCUCUCUGCUUGGUUUCAAAGUGACUGCUCUCCAAAUAAAUACUUACGAAUAUGAAUUAUUGGAUAUUACUAGUUUUAAAAAAAAAGAAGUUAAAACAGCAUUAUUCAGAUGGGAAGGAGUUGAAUAGAAGAGUGACAGAUGAAGCCACAACUCAAUCAAUGAGGCAUUAUUACAGCCUCUUAGAAAAUAAAGCUGGAGGCGUUUCACGCAGAUCUUGGCACAUGCGUCUGUGGCUUUUGGGUGUGCGUUGGGGUUUAGUGAACGUAUCAGCGGUGAGUCAGGAUAACGUACAAUGGCUGAGAAUCGGGCAGGCUGCUCUGCAGGGCUUCUCGCUCUGCCCUGCCUUAUCAGUGGAUUUCAGUUUUUCAAAAACUUCUUUAAAUAUAUACGCUGUUUUAUUUUUCUGUGGAAAUGUCUUCUGCUUUCUACUUCUGAAUAAAUCCACUAGUUGUAAUCUAAUUCUGUUCAUUCUUUUAAAAAACACCAAAGGGAAUUCCCUGGUGGUCCAGUGGUUAGGACUCGGUGCUUUAGCCGCCAAGGGCUUGGGUUCCACUCCUGGCCAGGGCACUGAGAUCCCACAAACCUCUCGAUGCAGCCAAAGUAAACAAAUAAAGUAAAAAUGUGAAGAGGCACCAAAUCUUUCUCAGCAUUGAUCAGAUUGGGGCUUUUUUCUUUCUUUAUUUCUGAGUUUUUUUUUUUUUUUUUUUUUUACUGUGUCUCUCCAGCUCAUCGGGUGAAGUUUUAGCACAGAGAUGGGACAACAGAUAGCAAACUAGGAAUCCAAACCCAGGCUGAGGCUACGGUGUGAGCCCCGAGGUUCAGGGCCAGAGGAAACAAGGGUGUAUCUUUGUCUCAGACAUCCCAUGAGGUUGCCUUUUCCCCCCAAGUUUACCCUGCUUGUUUCCCAAAGGCCAGACUCUUUGAGUUUAGGGUAUAUUGAGAGUAUAUGGUGAAAGAACUCUGCCCUUCACAGGAGCUGAGCUGUCUGAGCAAGUUUCUUUCUCAGACUGCCCGCAGGGGCUGGGAUCUGAAGCCGGUUCUUAGCUGCCUGCGGGUGGCGGCGCUGAAAGGCAGGCUCAGGCCGGCCACCCACCCUGGACGCCCUUCUCCCACGGAAUGCAGUAUGGGCUCAGAUGCCUCACGUCGUUCUGUGGGCCGUUGUCUGUUGUCCUCUGUCUGAGAGGGGCUGCACAGACAGAGGGGUCCCAGGUGGGGCCUGCGGGAGCCCCGUGGGGCCACCCUUGCCCGGCCCUCCCGUGCACACCCCUCCUCCUCUCUGGGACACUCGGCGGCCUGGGUCCCGCCUCCUUCCUCGCCUGGCCCUUCUCCUCAGAGCCCGUUCCUGAGUGCAGAAGCGGUUAUGGCAGUCCAGUCUGCACAGGCUACUGGGAUGGAACUCAGCAGAUUAGACAGCUCAUGAAGAGCAUUCUGGAGGCUGAGGUCAAGGCCAGGCAGGUUCAGGGUCAGGCGUGGCCACCCCCUGGUUCAUGAAUGGCCGUCUUCUCACGGGGAGCUGGUAUGGCAGACAGGAGAGGUGCAGGGGUCCCUUUUGUAAGGCUGCACCCUUGUGACCUAAUCACCCCUGAAGCCCUGCCUCUCGACAUUGUCACCUUGGGGUUGGGAUUCCAGCAGAGGAACUCUGGGGGACAGAGCCGUUCCGUUCUGAGGACUGUGCUCCUUGCUAUUAGGGCUCCAUGGCCUCUGGUCCCCAGCACACUCAGGGCCAGGAGUCAGGUAGAGGCUGACCCCUGGCACUUUGAGCGUUUGAUGCUAAGUUUGUUAGAUAAAGCAUCUUACAAUAUCAUGAUAUUUGUGUGUAUGUGUUUUUUAACAAAUUGGGUGUUGACAAGUAAGUCAGAUGUUUCAUUUUCUCUGUGCUUGUUUUUUUUUUCCUUUUACUAUAAACAGUUCAUCUUUAUCCAACAUAUGAGUAUCAGAAUUGAUACUGAUGUUUUACUGACCAAUAAAACUGAUCAUUUUAUUAUUGCUUUGUUUGAGAACAUUUAGAAAGGUAUUAUAUUUUUUAGGGGAAAAAAAAACCCUGAAUGUUAAGAGUCACUGUAAUUCUCCUAAUUAAAAAAACAGAUUCACGUAAGGAAAAAAUACGUGAAAAAGGACAGUUAAGUUACAAAAAGAUUCACUUAAGAAAGUUAAAGAUUUCUGCCCCAGCUUUCUGCAGUGAGGCCCAGCUUCAGAGUAUUGAUUUUAUCAUCAAAUUAAAAGCCAAGGGAUAAUACUCUGAAGGACACAUCUAGUGAGCUGCUUAUUUUUAAAAAGCUGGGGUCUCUUAUCCAUAGAUUGAGCUUUUUCUGAAGACACUUAAAUGAUGUAGCUGCUAAGGUCUAGAUAAUAGAAAAUUCUCAGGUCUGAAUUGAAGACAUUUGUCCAGAAUUAAUGUUUUUUCCUAUAUGAUUUGCUCACUUUUAUGUUCUCUAGGGGGCUUCCCUGGUGGCUCAGAUGGUAAAGAAUCUGCCUGCAAUAUGGGAAACCCAGGUUUGAUCCCUGGAUUGGGAAGACCUCCUGGAGAAGGGAGUGGCUACCCACUCCAGUAUCCUUGCCUGGACAAUUCCAUGGACCGAGGAGCCUAGUGGGCUACAGUUCAUGGGGUCUCAAAGAGUUGGACACAACUGAGCAAAUGUUCUCUAUAGUCAAAAUUCAUGCAAAUAUAUGAUUUUGGCGGUGCCCACAUAUCUAGGGUAGCUUAUAUUAGUAGUGAUUGAAAUCAAUAAUCUUGGCAAAGGUGUGGAUUAUCUCUUCACUUUUAAAAAGAUUUAUUUAUUUUUAAUUGAAGGAUAAUUGCUUUACAGUAUUUUGUUGGUUUCUGCCGUACAUCAACGUGAAUCAGCCUCUUUACCUUGUUUUUUUUUUUUUUUAGGAAAUGUGUUUCCACUGUUUGCUUAUGAAAUGGUACCUAAACCCAAAACAUUUAAAGAAUGUUAUAUUUUUGAAGCGUUUCUUUUUUGUCACUCUUAAAACAAGUAUGUUUGUUUCAUUUGACCUCCCUUUGAUCUUAUUAAAACAAAAUCAACUAGACUAUUUCCCAGAUAUUCACUUUGACCUGCCCUCCCCCAACUCACCGCUUUAGAACUUCCAGAAAGUGCUUUUGCUAAAAUUAAGUACUGUGUUUCAUAUCUGCAAGCUCUUCCUCGCUGGUUAGUAAAUUAUUUCCUACGGUUAUCUCUCCUUGUCGGCUUUGAUCACCUUUUGAUGCUGCGUAGCUGUAUUUGGACAAGUGUUUUCCUUUUAAGGAACAGUGUGUUGCUAUGCUUUCUUUUUUUCAUGAACAACAAUGUUGAAAACGUAGAAGUUUGUUUUUCUUCUUUCUGGCAUGGGCGUUCUAUAAGAGCAAUACUGGAUGGCUUACCUGCACAGAUGUGAGCAGAGAAAGAGCGGGACAAGGACAUUCUACAUUAACGUACAGAAGGUGAUGGGGUGAGAGUUUCCACUUCUCUUGAGGUUGUCCAUACACUGCAGUUUCACUGUAUCUUCAUUUCUGAGAUCGUCAGCUCACAGAUACAGUGUUAAGAUACAUGCCCUAUGUUUAUGUUUCUUCUCACGUCUGAUGAAUCCAGUUAAGCCCAGGGAUGAGCCGUGAAUACAGGUAAACUUUCUGGAUCUCCAAGCUGUGUCCCACCAGCGUCAGUGCAGGAAGACAGCAGAGGUUGUACCUUGAACCACUGGCUGCCUUGUCAACUUAGCAUCACAAGCUACUGCAGACGAUGAAAGAGUUCUUGUGUCCUCUCAAAAAUAAGGAGAAAAUCAGUGGAGCCUCCAUAGUGGCUUUACAAGCCACACUAGUGUAAACUACGGGGCGCCAUUUCUACCGUCCUGUUCAGAAUCAGGAAACGUCUUCCCCCUGUGAACUCAGACCAUCCCAAGCGACUUGCCUCACUCCCCCUCUAAAGGCCCCUGUAUGAAGGAGCUUGCUGCAGUGUCGCACCUCUUUUUACGCCGUACCGCCCACUUCUGGACCUCUUGUCUUGUGUUGACGAGAAACAGAGGAUGUUCACUGCUGAUUGCGUAGCCCUUCCCGCUCUGCUGAAGUGAGCG